AUGUCCCCUCUCCUACUUCUCACCCUGCUCGCUUCCUUCCUCCAGAUCACCACAACAGCAGCAGACUCCAACUACCCGUCCUGCGUCAACACCUGCAUCUCUUCCAACCCCUCCAAUUCCUCCUGGUGCCAGGGCUCCGAGACCGGACGUACCCGCACAGAAUGCAUCUGCCGGGGACUCCUGGGCGCCCCCAUGCUCAAUUGCAUCCGUGAUUGCGACCCGGCUGACCAGUGGGCGUUUGCGGAUGGGCUACCAGACGCUUGUCUCGAGAAGGUCUUUCCCGAGGCUAGGGAGGGCGAUUCAACGGAUACCGGGGGUGCAGGGAGAAUUGCUGGUGGUUUUGGUGGUGGAUUGGCGGCGUGUGUUGUUGGAGUUGUGGUUGUUGUUUUGAAUUUAUGA